GGCAUUCAACGCCUCUUGUGGCGAGACUCUUAUUUGGAGACGCACGUGAACGCACCUGCGGCAUUAGAGGAUCUCGUGCUGCUGAGCGCGAGCAGGACUUGUCCGGGGGGGCGGAUUGGAGUUGUUCGGUGAAGCUUCAUGUUCUCGCUGGGUGUCCACACUCUGCGUUAAAUGGAGCUGGAGGACCAAUGGUGGAAAGGACAACUGGCUGCAGACAUCUACCAGGCACUGCGAUAUAAAGAACUCAAGCUGCCUUCCUACAAAGGUCAAUCCCCUCAGCUCAACCUCAGGCGGUACUUUGCUGACCUCAUAGCUGUCAUCAGCAACCAUUUGCAGCUCUGCCCCGCAGCCAGACACCUGGCUGUCUACCUGCUGGACCUUUUCAUGGAUCGCUAUGACGUCACCAUGCAGCAGCUUCACAUGGUUUCACUCUCGUGUCUCCUGUUGGCCAGUAAGUUCGAGGAACGGGAGGACCGGGUGCCAAAGCUGGAAACCCUGAACAGCCUGUGCUGCAUGAACUCCAUGAAUCUGGUCCUAACCAAGCAGGGUUUGCUGCACAUGGAGCUGCUUCUUCUGGAGACUUUCCAAUGGAACUUGUAUUUGCCUACAGCGGCUCAUUAUAUCGAAUACUUUCUUUCUGCUGCCGUUCACGAGGGGGAUCUGCACGACGGCUGGCCAAUGACCAGCUUGGAGAAGACUAAAGUUUACAUGGCCAAGUAUGCUGAUUACUUUCUGGAGGUUUCCUUGCAAGAUCACGUGUUUUUGUGUUUUCCCCCCUCGCUGGUGGCUGCAGCUUGUGCGGCUGCUUCACGCCUCACCCUCCACUUAUCCCCUACAUGGCCCCCUCGACUGCAACGCCUCACAGGUUACACAUGGGAGAACCUUGUCCCAUGUGCAGAGAAAUUACUCAUCGCACACGACAGUGAUGUGAAAGAGGAUCACAAGCAAAAGUGCCAGCAGCCGGUUCCGCAGCAGCAGGACCAGUCCAUGUUCCACAGCUCAGGCCAGUCAGCCUCUGUGGCGCAGUACCUGCACCUGUCCGGGGUGCAGUAUGCCCAGCAGACCCUGCAGCCAGGCCUGCCGUCUACUCACAGGCCUGGCUCCUACCUCAGUCACUCCACCACCAGCCUGCAGCCACUUCCUGGUCCACAGCACCCCACCAGCCAGGCCUCAGCCGCCUCACUGGAUCCUAAAGCUAACCGCUCUCACCAAGUCAGCAUGCAGUACUCGUCUGCAGCUCCAUGCUUUGACAGAUGAUGGGGGACUCCCAGACCAUAAUGGGGAAAGAGAUGUGGUGUUUUGUUUAUUUUGAAAUAGACAAGAACACAAAAAUCUGAAUGUUUUUAAUUUGGAAAGACUUAUGUAAAGCACUUUGACUCUUAAGGUGCUCUCAGUGUGCAAUACGUUCUUUCUGCUGUUGCUUUCAGAGCAGAUCCCAGAGGAGGACUUUUUUUUUCCUCAGAUGUCUGUUGAAUGUUGUUGUAGGGUGUUCAGAGACACCGUUCCUGUUGCUGCCUAAUUUAACUUUAGAACCAAAGUAUUUAUUUAUAUUAGAUCAUAUCAGAAGUAUUAUGUGCACCGGUUUCCAUGCUAAGUUAAAAAGGACAGUAAGCAGAUUUCUGCCAGUCGACUGGUUAUGGUUAUGUAGUGCUCAUGGCUGUGAGGAUUCAUAUGUUUUGAUUUGUGUGCUGUUUUUCUUGUUCAGUUUCUUUCUUUUUAAUUAUUGUUUGAACACAUGAUGAGCAGAAAAAAUUGAGCUGUUUUCUCUGCUUGAUGUACUGAAUUGUAAGAGAAGAAUUUACGACUGUUUUAAGUAAAAUACAGGUCUGUGUUUGCAAAGCUG